AUGAAUAAAACCAGAACGAAAAACUAUUCGUCGUUAGGCCUUGAUACUGGAACAAUUGCAGAUCUUCAGUCUGCUUCGGUGAUAGGAAUUUACGAGGAUUUGUCGCCGGUUGUUAGUUUUGUACAGAAUAAUGGCUUAACCAAGUCUUUCAGCAACAUUCUUUAUUUCAGCGCAGCAAACGACUUAGGUCAGUUAACUAGAACUUCUCAGCAACUUUCGGUGGUCUUUGAUGUUAUCAACUAUGUUUUAGGGGACAAAUCACCUUCUGCUAACUUGCCAAUCAAGCUUGCGCUUCUUGAGGAAGUGACACAUCUCAAUGAUGCCUAUGUCAUGGUAAUAUCAAACUUAAAAGUUGUUUACAAGAUAUAUGGUAUGAGAAAGCCAGCUGUAGUAGUUUCAAUCACGAAAAUCUUACAGUGUCUCGUGGAAUAUAAUAACUCGAACAUCUUUUCUCAGUUCACGGAGUCCUUCGAUUUUGACCACACUGCUGUUCAUAAUAUUUUGGUACCCACAAGAGAUGAUUUUGAGAAAAAAAUCAUUGAUGAAAAAUCCAUGCGUUGGGCUUUUGUUGAAUUUUGGAUUUCCUUGUGUUCUGCAAGCAAUCCAACGCUUCGGAAGACUCUUUUGACAAAUUUCAAGAUAAUGAACAAUUUUUGGAAGUACAUGGAGAUGGAAAAGUUCGAAUCUAUCACUAGGAUCUUAAAUUUUCUUGAUCAAUACGUUUGCUCUGAAUCCACUUUCAAGAGAGCCACAAAAUGUCGUAUUCUCAAUGAAAACUUUUUGUACAAUGUUCGUUCUCUUUUCUCCCUUGUCAAGUCAGAAAAUGAUCGGCAGAGUGACAACGAUGAUGUGUUCGAUUUUACUGACUUCAAAACAACAUUUUUGAAAUUUAUGAAUGUUUUGGUGUCUGACACAGAAAAAGGAAUCACUUACCCUGAAAAUGAAUUUGGGUCUCCCUUGGUAGUGAAUAGUGUUUCAUUCAACAUCAACAACAAAUUGAUAUAUACACUUCUUACUGCUAUGAAGCCAUGGGACUCUUAUACUCAAUUACAGUUUGUGAUGCAAAUUCUCAACAACAAUCAUGAAUUGCUUCUGCCCUAUAUGCAUUGGAUAGUUUCCAAUUCAGGGGGUUAUCAUGAGCCUACCCUUUCGUCGUACUGGAUAGGCCAUACACUUCUCUAUUGUGAGAUUUUGAAGUCGAGACAUCUUCCUCUUAAAGCAGAAUUUGUUUCGUUGUCACCACUUUCCAAAGGUGCUUUGAGUGAAUGUAUCGCCUUUCCAAGUGAUUUGGUCAAACAAUUGGGUUUACAGUUGAUAUUAUUACAGCUACAAAAGCUUUUGAAUGCAAAGAGUGUCGAUCAGUCCCUCAAGGAUUUUGUUUUGAGUAAUUUGCCCUCACAUACAGCAAUACUUCCGUUAUUGACUCACGAAAAUAAAUUGUUGAAGCUCACCGCAACUUUAAUUGUUGCUGCACAAGAAGAGCUAGCUCCCAAAUCUUCUUCCUCUGCUACUGUGUGCGUUGUCACCAAAGAGCUCAGCGUCUUGAACUUAAAUUCUAAAAAUAGCGACAGCUUUGAUUUGAUAUUGCUCGACCUGUAUCUCUCGAUUCAGUCUAGCAAUGAACUCAAAUGGUGGAAUAAACUUCCUGGAGAGAAUUCUUUCUUCACGUCAUUGCUAAAGUUUUCCAACUUGCCUCUUCUUCGUCACAAAAUUCUAAAAAUUUUGCAAAAACUCACGAAGUCAACCUUGGUGUUCAAUGAAGACAAUUUGAUUGAAUCUCCACUUCUGGUAUUAAUUGAAACGACCGCUUUGUUUCACGACAGUCCACAGUUUAACAAAAUUUGGGCAUGUCUUGAUGAAACAAUUUCCCGUGCCGUCAGCUCGCCAUACAAAUACUUGGAUAAAUCCCACAAAAGAUAUAAUGAUAUUAGCAUAUUUUUGGUUGUGCUCUUCGAGCAGAUGAAUUAUGUCCCCGGAUUAGCUUCCGAGACCAGUCUUUUCGGGUGGUUGAAUCAGUUAGCAAUUGGAAUGCUGACUAUCGGUGAAUGUUCAAACGGAAUUACCAAAGCAGCAGCAGAUUCAGGUAUUAAGAUAUCGUUGAACUACAGCAAGUUUCAAGAAGUGGGUCAAAUCAUAUCCAAUUAUGACUUUGCUCGAGCUCUUUCCGUGCUUAAUGCUUUGAUCGAUAUGAAGAAAGCAACAUCCGAAAUAUUCAAUCUCAUGACCAAUAUGGGAGAUUUCUUGGCGAGUGCGGAUAUUUCCAGAAGGUCGUUCAUUUCAUAUGUUACUUCUCCUAGCAGAUGGAGAUUUCUCACUCGUUUGGGUGAACAGUCGAUCACUGACCAUGAAAUCCUAGCCAUUUGCCUCUAUUGUGAGCUUCUCAGAACAAUUAAAAUUGAUUUAGAGGGCUCAGAAAUUCGUCAUUUCAUUUUAAAACAAGCGGCGACGGCGCUUUCGAAGAAGAACCAAGCACUUUUACGAAAGUUUAUACCGUUUCUUAGUGUUGGUCAAUUGAAAGAACUUGCGAUGGGUCUGAUAAAUGAAAUGGUUGUUUUGGAAGCAUGCAAAUUAUUAUUGGAGAAAGAUAUCGACUUCGAUGCAAAUAUUACUUUCCUUAUGAGUAUUAAUUCUCCAACGGUUCAUGAAGUUUUACCUCGUUUAACGUUAAAUGCAGAACAUGUUGAAAUGGUGAUAAAUAAUCCAAACUUCUUUUAUCUACUCGAAAUCCCGUCUUCCGUGCUGAGAGAAUGUCUUUUGAAAGCCGAGAACUUGCCAGACCGUUUGCUCUAUCAAAUCAGCGCUGCUUAUCCUGAAAUCGCCGAGAAAUUUCAAAGCAGAAUUAUCAGAUUGGCACUCUCGAUGGAUGAAUGGGUCAAUUCAUUAAAAAUUUUCACAGCUUACAAUUCUUUAUUUGAUCAAGAUCAUGUGGUUGAUUUAGUUUUCAGAAGACAAGAAAGUCAAACUAAAAAAGCCAUGAACUCAGUGUUUAUUGGCCUCGUGGAAUCCAUCAUCAAAUCUCUGACCAGUGUUCCUGAUCAAAUAAAUUUGUGGCUUCAUAGGGCGAUGCUUUAUGUGACGAAACGUUUCGCGGAGUCUGAUACUCUCUCUGACUCUUUCGAAAAGUUUUUGCACUCUUUACAAAACCUUUUUGUUAGUCAAAAGCGUCUCUCGAGGUUAGUUCCCGUCAAAAUACUCGAUGCACAACUUCAAGUGCUAUUAGCUAGCCAUUUGUGGUCAAGUCAAUCCAAGGUUCUCGAAUAUGUUAACCAUGUGAUUAUUUCAGUUGAUCCCAAAACGAUCGAUUCAGAAAAGCUUCUUCAACUUUUUAUCAACAAUGAUAAAAAUCCCCUUCGCAAUCUUCCCAAUAGCAAAAACUCUAGCACGCGAUUUCAGGCUUCUCUCGUCAUUUAUUCUUUGUUUAAUUUGAACGAGAACGCUUCAUCAACAAUGACUCUACAGGAGAACAUUCUUGCUUUAUACUUGGGCUCUCAAAGAGCUGAUGACUUGUUACUUAAGGACGUCCUCCAAAAAAUCGAAAAAAACAUUACACAAACUUGGGUUAGUCAAAUAACAAACUGGGAUUAUCAGAAUGAAAUGAGUCAAGAGGAGCUAGAUAUCGUUGGUGAAGAGAGACUUUUUAUAAGAGAUUCUUCGUCUUUUGUGGUUGCCUUAAAUAAGACCUUUGUCAAACGCACCACCGAAUCCAACUUCAGUGACCAGCAAAUCCCACAGGAAAAGAAUUACCAAAAUUUUGAAGCUUUUUUUCACAAAUGUCCCUCAGGAACCCAUCAAGAAACUACUUAUGACCCAGAAUUCCUAAUGCUAUUAAUUAUCAACAAUGAGGAGUUGGUAAAGGAGACUGAGGAGGGAUUUCGCUUCAACUUGACCAAGCUUGUCGACUCUGGGCUCUUGCGCUUCGUCAUUACAUCUCUUUCAUUCAAUAGAGUCCGAGAAAUUGCGAAAAUUGUUUUGAUGGGCGUGUUAAAAACUUUGUGUGAUGAGACGGUCACUUACAGGGAUAAAAGCAUUAUGAAAGUUUUCGUAUCCUCGAUAUUGCACUCAACAAAAAUACUUGAUCAUGCGGUGCCCCUAGUGUGGUAUAUUGCUGGGUCUUUGUGCUCGAUAUUAACAACGCCUGGGCACUAUUUGUAUGAACAAGUUCAUCGCUAUGUUUUGUCAACGCCCGCCUUUAAACCAAAUUCAAUUCCACUCUUCAAUUUAUUGGCUUCCAAUGCCAAAACUGAUGAUUUGGUAGAGGAAGAUGACUACUAUAAGUCCGUAACUUGGCUUGUCGUCCAAAUGGCAGAAGGUAUCAAGACCUCUGAGGAUAUAAAACUAUUGAAAUCAAGGGAUGUUCUUGAGUGGAUGUUCAAUCUUUACAAUUCAAAAUAUGCCUCGAAUCGCCUUAGAGCUAAUAUUUUGAAUUUCCUCUAUUCAAUUCAGCGGGUUGGACCUGAUGGCACUGAUAUGGUAACGACAAAAUUUGCUGGCUUAUCAACUCUAGAAGUUAUUAAGAGAUCAGCUCACGCCAAUCGCUUUUAUGGUUUGCAGGAGAGACUCAAUGUGGAUCAACUAACUUUGCGCAUGGGAUUACAAAAUCGCCAGAAAAGACUAGCUAAUUGGACUCUAGGCAACCUUGGAAGCUCUGUGAAGAGAGUUCAUCUCGCUAAAUGA